CCGAGGCUUCUCUUGCAGUUUGCGGAAAGUCUUCGCUGCGCGCGGUUCACAAUGCGUAUACGCACUGCUGGUCUAUUGCUUCUGUUCGUCCUGGCAAACAGCGAUCCUGGCCUAUCGGGCGAUGUCUACUUGAGCUGCGAUGAGUUCGAGCAGCACAUGUAUAUGGAUGCCAGCGAUGCCUUCUGCACAGUCACCGGCUUCGUUGUGACCCACAGUCAAAAUAUUGUGGUCAAGAACUUUCUGGCCGGCAACAUGGUGAAGUUCAUGAAGUUCUACGACUCGACGCUGCUGUCGGUGCCCUUCCGUCUGUUCGAGACGUUUACCCACCUGAAGACGCUGGACGUGUCCUAUACGAGCAUCCUGGAGUUGACGCGCAACACUUUCAGCGCGGCGAGCAACUUGUCGUAUUUGAAUCUGAGCUACAACAAUUUGACUUCCGUGCAGACGUCUGUGUUCAUCGGGGCCAAUGCACUGAUGCGGCUGGACUUAUCGUACAACCGCAUUUCGCAGCUGAGCGAGAAUGCGUUUUGCGGGCUGCACAAUCUCAAUAAGCUGCAGCUGACGGGCAACCGCUUGACCGAUCUGCACAAGGACAUCUUCAAGGACAACGAGUACUUGGAGUCGGUCUCGUUUGAGAGCAAUCUGCUAACCUUCAUCCAGCCGGAGGUCUUCAAUCGCAUGCGCCGCAUCAAGGAGGUGAAUCUAUCGAACAACAAGCUCAUACGCCUGCAUCCCGAUACCUUCACGGAGGCUGCCAGCCUGGAGAGCCUUCUGCUGGCCAUCAACUCACUGGACGCCUUUCAGCUGACCAACAAGAAUAUUGUCCAUCAGCUCCAUUUGGACUACAACCACCUGACCAACCUCACGAUCAACGCCACUCGAUUCGUGCGCGCCAACUACAACAACAUCAGCUCGAUUCACAUGCACCAGGCGCUGCAGCUGGAGACACUGGAGCUGCGAGGCAAUCGACUGGCGAGCAUGGCGAAUAUUACAAAUCUGACUGCGCUGCUUCAUCUGGAUCUCUCCUACAAUCCCAUCGGAUCGCUGACUGUCAGCACCUUUGAUCAGCUGAAGCGGCUGAGGAAUCUCUAUCUGCGUGCGACUGGCGUGCGCGAGCUGCAGUUCGGCAUGUUCUCCAAGCAGAAGUUCCUGGAGAUACUCGACCUGUCGUUCAACAACUUGACCAACCUCAAUCUGGAUCUAUUUGUGCCCUAUCUAACGAACCUCAAGCAGUUCUUUGUCGAUGGCAAUUUGCUGACCGAGGUGCAGGGCAAUCGCAGCUUCGCCCAGGCCUUUCCCUUGCUGCAGAAGCUGGGCAUAUCGAGGAAUCGAUUCAACUGCUCCUAUCUGCACCACCUGCUCAUACCGCCCUACCUCACCGAGACCGUGACCCUGCACAUCGAGCCGGAUAACAGCACCGACGAGACGCCACACAUACGCGAUGUCUCCUGCAUCAGUCCAUCCAAGCAGGGCGCCAUCCAGGAGGAGCCCACGCAGGCGUUGCACAAUCAACUGGAGCUGCUGCGCGCCCACUCACGAAAUCUCGAGCUCCACUUGCACUUCAUGAAGUUCUUCCUGUGUGUGCUGGGCGCAGUGAUCCUCAUGUCCUUGGUGGCUCUGAUACUGUUGCGCUGGCGCAAGGUUCAACGUUCGGGUCGCUACAAUCGCAGCAGCAUUGUCUUCCAUUCGAAUGGCACCAUGGAAGCCUAGGAGAUACUAGAUACUAUCGAGAGAUAGCAUAUAGCCAAAAUCAGAAAUAAGCUUAAGGAAACGCAGUUAUAAAUGUAAAUAUAAAUA